CAUAUAUAUAUAUAUGCAUGUAAGAUUGUCGGUGGAAUAAGUGAAAAGCUCUUAAAUCUUUGCAAUUUGGCAAGGAUUUUCUGGUAUGAACAAAAGCUCUAGGAGUAAAGCUCAGUGUGAAAUGACAUUAGCAUUCUUGUCCUUUGCUGAUUUUUUUCCGGCCAAAGUAUUUUCUUCUGGAUCUGGAGAACGCGAGGACGUUUGUGUCAUUUAAUAAACGUUUCUUAGGUGAAGGCUCCCUUUAUAAAGGGAAAAUCGCAUUUUUAACCUUCAAGGUGACACCUUCUACCACUUUAAACCUUCAACUUUUUUUCACUAGCACUUCAAUACCUCAAGUCUCAAAAUCUAUCGUAUUAAAGCCUGAAGUCAUUUCCCGUGCUUGAGCCUCCAACCAAUUUGACGGUACUGUUCACGGCGUCAUCCUCAAUAAACGUGUGUCGUUUUUUCAAAAAAAAAACAUCAUACCUCAUUUCUUCCUUUCAAACUCGAUUUGGGGAUCUAGGAUUCACUCAAAAUCGAAAACAAAAGAAGAAAGCUCCAGACUUGGCGACGAGGAAGAGAUUCAAACACAGUAAGUCGUCUCUGUUGCAUAUGUUUCUGGGUUUUGUGUUUCACUUCGUAAAUUAUGUAUUUCAUAACGAGAAUUGUAUGGGUUAGAAUUGGUGUCAUUUGGGUUCAAUAUAAGCGUGCAUAGCUACCAAGUUGUGUAGAAUCUCCUUCAAAUGUUUUUGAUAGAUUACUCACAGUGUUGUAUAUGUGUAGAUGGCUCAGAGUUCAAGUUCCUCUAUCACUGAGUACAAAAACGAGAAUGGUGUGGUUUGUAAUUGUAACCAUGCAGCAAACAUUGUCCAGGCUUGGACUGAUGACAACCCUGGGAGGAGGUUCUAUUGCUGCCCAGAGAGAGUUGAAAAUGGAUAUGGUAAGUGUAACUUCUUUCGAUGGUUUGAUGUUGAGAAGCCACAUGGGUGGCAGCAUGAUGCAUUGGUUGGUGCUAGAGAUGUUAUGCGCCAACAGAAAGAGGAGAUUAAGAGUCUGAGGAAGAAGAUAAGAGCACUUAUGCAAGAGAGUGAACACAUGGGACAUAAUCCAACCAAUCUGAAGCAAGAAUCUGAAGCAUGUGACACAUGUGAAGCGCUCAAAAGGGAGGUGAUGAUUCUAAACGAGAGGAGUAGAGUGUAUCGGAAUGUUCUCAUAACUUCAUCAGUUGGAUUCACUGUUGCUCUUGGUGUUUUCAUUGGGGUGUUGAAGUGGUAAGCUAUUUGAUGAUGAUGGCUGUUUAUGCUUUGAGAAUGUUAUGACUAUGUAAGCUAUUUGAUGAUGAUGACUGUUUAUGCUUUGAGAAUGUUAUGACUAUGAUGAUGUAUACUAUGACUAUUUAUGUUAUUUUAUGUUAAGACUAAGAUUUCAUGCUUCAAUAUAAUCGUUUAAGGAAACAAAAAAACAACAUAAACUCUAGAAACCGAAACAACAAAACUUCAUUAAGUCAUGGAAACAAGACAUAAACUCCAAAGUCAAUGAGACAACAAAAGACAAACUCCAACAAGACAUAAACUCCAAAGUCAUUGAGACAACAAAAGACAAACUCCAACAAGACAUAAACUCCAAAGUCAUUGAGACAACAAAAGACAAACUCCAACAAGACAUAAACUCCAAAGUCAUUGAGACAACAAAAGACAAAUUCCAAAAAACCAUACAGCUGGUGGAGACACAACAAAAGACAAAUUCCAAUCACUCUUGUGAAGGAGGAGGUUGUGGGUUUAGAUUGGACCUAUCAUAAACUCGAUCACCAAACACUUCAAAAGGUCGAUUUGUGAAUGGACUCCAUAAUGUCCCAACACCAUGAGGAAUACUAGCUGUCUUCCUUAUUUUCAAAGGGCGUCCUCUUGGAGCUUUCUUGACAUGAGGCUUUGGAUCAGAGGAUGAAACUGAUGGUUGUGGAGC